AUUCCUGUGACUCACACAGGAAAAUCCUGCUGUUUACCCAGAUUUGCAGAAUCUGCAGCUACUUUUUAUUUACUAGAUAAUAACGUACAGGGCUGCUGAAAACCAACUAGCUUACCUUGGUUUAAACCCAGCAGUAAAGAUGCAGGCUGUCAACAUAAAACAGGAAGUUUUAGAACCUGUACACAUUAAGGAGGAGCCUGCUGACCUAGAACCUGUGCAGUUUGCAAAGGAUAUCAGUGAACUGGGAUUAAUCCACAUUAAAGAGGAGACCCCAGAAGCUGUAUUAAGUAACAGCAUGGGUCCCAAUACUGAAGAGGAGACUGAGAUGGGUCCCACUCCAUUUAAACACCCCAUCCAAAUACAUCCCUCCUUACAAUCAAGAAAUGGUUCGACAGUGAAUCCAGUAUCUGAUAACCAUUCACAAACUGCUGGCAACUUCCAUCAGUGUGCUGAAUGUGGAAAGUGUUUCAGUCUCUUAAAAUCGCUCAAACGGCACUUACGAACUCACACGGACGUGAAGCCGUAUCGCUGUAUAGAAUGUGGGAAGAAUUUCAAGAAGAUAAACGACCUUAAAAAGCAUCUGGGAAGUCACACUGGAGCGAAACCGCAUUCCUGUACGGAGUGUGGGAAGAGCUUUAGGGAUUUCUACAAUCUUAAAAUCCACCAGAGAAUUCACACGGGAGAGAAACCGCUACGCUGUCCAGAUUGUGGGAAGAGUUUCCGACAUUUAAAUAGCUUUAAAAUUCACCAGCGAGUUCAUACGGGAGAGAAACCGUUUCACUGUACGGAAUGCGGGAAAAAUUUUAAUCUGUUAGGAAACCUUAAAAAACAUCAACGAGUUCAUAAAUAAAACUGGCAUGUAAAAAAUAAUAAUAAUAAUAAUUCGUCCCGUGACUUUUUGUGGUGGAUUUGUUGUCUGUGUUACCCCACCCUCUGCUUAACCCUGUAAUGCUUAGCCACUCUGCUGUAGUAUUAUCUUUGAAAUCCAGCCUCACA